AUGGUUAGGUCACAUUUAAUAGUAUAUGGAAUAAUCGAAAGUUAUACUUUUUGGUAUCAUCACGGGGAGAGGUUAGGUGAGCCGCAGUCAGAUUCUGAAUUUGUAAACGAUAAUGACAUUGAAAAGGAUGAUGAUGAGGAUGAGGAUGAAAUACCUGAGAUCUUAAGGGAUUUAUACCCCGCUUUCAAUGGAGAUAAUAUGAACACCGGUAGUGAUGAUUUUGUUGAGGAGGAACCAAAUCCUGAAGCAAAACGAUUCUAUAGCCUGUUAAAGGAUUUUGAGCAACCAUUAUACGAAUGUUCAAAAGCUUCUAAACUUUCUGCUAUGGUUAAAUUGCUUCAUAUUAAAAGUAUUGGUCAUUGGAGUAAUGCAUCAUUUACAAUGUUGUUGAAGAUGCUGAAGGAAGAUUUAUUACCUGAUGGAUCAAACUUGCCAGGUUCAUAUUACGAGGCAAAGAAGAUAAUUCGGGACCUUGGUCUUUCUUACAAGAAGAUUGAUGUGUGUAAGAAUAAUUGCAUGUUAUAUUGGAAGGAUGAUAAGUUUCUUGAGUCUUGCAAAGUUUGCGGCGCAUCUAGAUGGAAGGAGGAUAAACGUAACGGGGAAACAAAAUCUAAAUGUGGGAAAAAGAUACCAUGCAAGAUUUUACGUUAUUUUCCUCUAAUGCCCAGACUUCAAAGAUUGUUUAUGUCCUCGAAAACAACUUCUUUGAUGAGAUGGCAUUUUGAUGAAAGAGUUGAUGAUGGAAUAAUGAGGCACCCGGCUGAUUCAGUAGCAUGGAAGACACUUGAUGAACUUCACCCAUCUUUUGCCACCGAGCCUCGUAAUGUUCGACUUGGACUUGCUAGUGAUGGUUUUCAACCAUUUAAAAGUUCCAAAACUCCGUAUAGCAUUUGGCCUGUGGUACUUAUUCCUUAUAAUUUACCACCUUGGUUAUGCAUGAAGCAAGAGAAUUUUAUUUUAUCGAUGCUUAUUCCUUGUCCUGAAAGUCCCGGAGAUGCAAUUGAUGUUUAUCUCCAACCUUUGAUAGAGGAAUUAAAGGAAUUAUUGGAAACUGGAGUUGAGACCUUUGAUGCGUCAACUAGACAGAAUUUUAUGUUACAUGCAGCUUUGUUAUGGACCAUUAAUGACUUUCCAGCAUAUGCAAAUUUGUCGGGAUGGAGUACCAAAGGAAAAUUGGCUUGCCCAUGUUGCAAUAAAGAAACUCUUUCAAUUAGGUUGGAAAAUGGUAAAAAGCAGUGUUAUAUGCGCCAUAGACGCUUUCUUCCUCUUAAUCACAAUUGGCGGAAUGAUAAAGAUUCAUUUGAUGGCACUAAGGAGCGGAAAAAACCACCAAAAAUUCUAUCUGGUAAUGACAUACUUGAUCAAGUGGCUGAUUUAGAUGGGAUAACACUAUCAAAAGAUCCAAAGAAGAAGACCAAAAUAUCACAUGAUAGUAGGGGUGAUAAUUGGAAUAAGAAGAGUAUUUUCUUUGAUCUUCCAUAUUGGAAAACAUUACUGUCGCGACAUAAUUUAGAUGUGAUGCACAUUGAGAAAAAUAUAUGUGAUAAUAUUUUGGGGACAAUCUUAAAUGUGAAUGGAAAAACCAAAGAUACAUUGAAUUCUCGGAUGGAUUUGCAAGCAAUGAACAUAAAGAAAGAAUUGCAUCCGAUAAAAAGAGGGGAUAAAUAUGAGUUACCAACUGCAUGUUACACAUUGUCUCCUGAAGAAAAGCAUAAGUUUUUCACUUUCUUAAAGAAUUUACAGGUCCCAGAUGGAUUUUCAUCAAAUAUUUCUCAAUGUGUCAACCUGAAAGAUCGCAAACUUUUAGGCUUGAAAAGUCAUGAUUGCCAUGUUAUUCUACAACAUUUACUCCCACUUGCGAUACGUGGUAUGCUCUGCAAAUCUGUGCUUGAACCACUUAUUGAGUUGUCUAUAUUUUUCAACAUGCUUGGAGCGAAAUGCUUAAGAGUAGAUGAGCUAGAGCAAAUAGAAGCCCAAAUUCCUAUAACUCUGUGCAAGUUAAAAAAGGUCUUCAUUCCUGCAUUUUUUGAUAUCAUGGUCCACUUGCCAAUUCAUUUAGCAAAUGAAGCUAAGAUUGCGGGACCUAUUCAAUAUUGA